AUGGUUAACUGGAUUAUGAAGACCUCGACAUCUGACGGGAAGCACGGAAUACAAUGGACAGCUUGGAUGCAAUCAGAUAAUUUGGACUUCGCAGAUGACCUAGCCAACCUAUCCCAUACACAUCAACAAAUGCAGGUCAAGACAAAACGUGUAGCAGCAGCCUCUGCAUCAGUAGGCCUCAAGAUACACAAGGGAAAAAGUAAGGUCCUCAAAUACAACACGGAGAACACCAACACAAUCAAACUUGAUGGAGAAAUUCUGGAAGAGUUGGAAACAUCCACGUACCUGCGCGGCAUCAUCGAUGAACAAGGAGGAUCUGAUGCAGACUUAGAAAAGGAAAUUGAACUAGAAAAGUUACGCCGCCAGAAACGUGGAGGUUCUGACCAAUCAGUAAGCAACAGUGAGAAUACAAUAUUAAAAAAUCUGUAUUUACCAAAAAGAAAAGUCUUAAGAUUUGAUGGUACACCGACAAAUUAUUGGAACUUCAUUAGAAAUUUCGAAGAAUGCAUUGGGAGUGAGAACAUUGGAUUUAGAGCUAAGCUAAAUUACUUGAUUCAAUAUUGUGACGGAGAAGCGAAAGCCGCUAUCCUUCAUUGUACUAUACUAGAACCAAAGAUAGGUUAUCAUCAAGCCCUAAAGCUUUUAGAGGAAACGUUUGGCCCAAAACACGUUAUAGCACGCACGUUUAUCGACAACUUGUUAAACUUUCCCAAUAUAAGGAGGAAUCAACCAGAUGGUUUGAGAAGACUAUCUCGAGAAAUGCAAGCAUGUAGUUUGACUCUCGAACAGAUGAAUUACGUUACUGAUUUGAACUCUUCUAGAACUAUUGAAACUAUGGUUCUGAAAUUACCAACGCACAUUCAACAAGAGUGGCUAAAGGUAGCUUAUAAGAUUAUCAGAGGAGGCCGAGAGCCUCUGUUCACCGAUCUUGUUGAGUUUGUAAAGGAGCAAGCUGAAAUUGCUAAUACUAGAUAUGGAUUACUUGUCACCGUGUCGUUCGCUAACACGAGUGAGUCUGACGUCACUCCAUAUGUAAGACCAAGGACUCGUGGGUUGUCAUGUUUGUUAUGUACUGGAAACCACCCUUUAGAUCAAUGUGAAAGGUUUAGAGACAAGAAUGUUAAUGAAAAGGUAGAAUUUGCAUCAAGGAAGAAGUUGUGUAAUGUCUGUCUAAAAGCGAACCACAUAGCAAGAAACUGUCGAGCACCGAGGUCAUGUGCCGUCGAAGGAUGUGGUUGGAGGCAUCACACGUUGUUACAUAGGAAGCGGGAAGAGCAAGGAGAUAAUAAUAAUAAUGCACACAUCAACACUCAGCUUUGUACGGAGGAAGUCGUUAAGUGUAUACAGAGACCAGUAGCGUUUGCAGUAGUGCCUGUAUGAAAGAGUUGCAGUCGAUAGAUUUGUCGUCAUCCGUUAAGGUCCAGAAAGUAUUGACAGUCAAAAAAUUACCGGCGGUUUACAGGACUGUGCCAACGGUGCAACAAAUGGUAUCCUGGUCCCAUUUAAAAGACAUAAGUUCCCCGAGAGUAGAGGAUGAGAACGUCAAACUGUUGAUCGAGUGCAACGCACCGGGUGUACACGAGAUGAAAGAGAUAACAACCGGGAAGACGAAUGAACCAUCUGCUGUGAGGAGCAUAUUGGGUUGCAAUCACUACUGUUUCAGAAGGUAUUGAUGGAUGAAUCUUCGGGAGGCUGUGUUAGUAAACGAUGUUGGCUCACCGAGAAGUCUAUGGCCCAAAUCUAUUGUCGAACAAGUAAGCUAUGGCUCUGACGGACAAGUUCGUACGGAAAAAUUGAGAACCA